AUGAAGUUUUCCAAUUUUAUUCUCGCCACCAAUGUUGCCGCCAAUGGGUUUGAACCAACAUGGUCUGUCAAGCCUGGUAGAAAACAACCAAAGCUCAACGCAAAGUGCUUCAAGUUCCCAAAAAUCAUCAAAAAAAAUAUUGAAAAGGGAACGUCCCUCUCCUGCGUUCCUAGAACACCUCAUCCGUGUGAAGACAAAGCUGGCUUCAUGGAGAUUCUGGAUGGGUCUCUCGUUUUGACGGAAAAAAUCAACUCAAAGAGAGCGAAAUUCAACCUUGUCUGCGAUGAUGGAACAGUGCAAGGUGAAGUCGUCUGUGUCAACAGGAAGAACCAGGUCUAUUUCCAAAAGCCGCAAUGGAGCAAUCAGAUCACUUGGCAAGACUCCUGGAAAGAUAUUUGCAGAGAGUUCGCUCCAUUGACCAACUCGACGACUGCUGAUCUUCAAACUUGCUCUGAAGCCGACAACUUCCCAGAACUUGCAUCUGUUGAAGAAAGAAUCAUCGGUGGAGUGCCAGUCGAGGAGAACGAGUGGCCUUGGAUCACCCAUUUGACAUUUGACUUGAACGAUGGCGGGGAGAAACUUUGCGGAGGAAGCGUCAUUGCCAAUAGAUGGGUCAUCAGCGCCGCUCAUUGUUGCCUUGACGUGCAGAAGAUCGUCGGGCGCUUCGGAGAUCUGAAUGCGACGGAAUUUGACAGCAACGAAUAUGAGCUCGAAGCCAGCGCCUGGUUCAAUGAUCCCGAGUACGACCGCCAUGCUGAUGACAAAAACAACGAUCUCUGCCUCAUCAAAUUCAACGAAGACAUCAUUGCCAGUGACCCAGAGAGCAAAGUUCAGCCCGUUUGUCUUCCAAAAGAAGUUCAUGAACACGGCGCCGCUUGCUGGGUCGCUGGGUGGGGAUCGUUUGAAUAUAUGGGCGGUCCCCAAAACCCGGAUCUGCACUCAGUCGGUGUGAAUGUCUUUAGUGCAGAAUAUUGCCUUGCGAAUUCCCUGAUUUCCCUCGCGGCUGACGACAUCUGCGCCUACAAACCAGAUCUAAACGGAGACGGACUGCUUGAUAGUGGCGCUUCCUUUUGCGACGGGGAUUCAGGCGGGCCUCUCAUCUGCCCGACCGAUGGAAAAGCAACUCUCGUCGGGGUUGUUUCUACAGGAAUCGAAUGCACCUGGGAAGGAUAUCCUAAUAAGUACACUUCGACUUUCGUCACUUCUAAUUGGAUCCAAGAGACUGUAGCUGCCGAGGGACUCUAA